UUGAAACACCUAGAAACGACGUGUCGUUCCACUCUCAACCCCUUUUGGUUAACAAUCAUGACGACAUAACUUUCUUCACACUAGAAGGCUAAGGAAGAGAGAAGGCUCUGUGAGUGAAGGGGGAAAGAAAAAAAACAAAACCGAUUAGGCAUUGCAAAAUUCCCUCUUCAAAUCUCGAAUUCCAUGGGUUUAAGCAACAACAUCACCGCAAUUCUCAAUUUCUUGGCCCUCCUUUGCUCCAUCCCCAUAAUCGGCGCCGGAAUUUGGCUGGCUUCAAAGCCUGACAACGAAUGCAUCCAUUUUUUCCGGUGGCCGGUGGUUCUCCUCGGCGUCUUAAUCCUCCUCGUCUCUUUAGCCGGAUUCAUCGGCGCCUAUUGGAAUAGACAAGGUCUUCUCGCUUUUUACCUCUUCUGUAUGGCUCUUCUGAUCGCCCUCUUGAUCGUCCUCCUCGUUUUCACCUUCGUCGUUACUCGCCCCGACGGAAGCUACACCGUCAUGGGCCGAGGAUUCAAAGAGUACAGGCUCGACGGAUUCUCGUCGUGGCUCAAAAAUCAUCUCACAAAUUCUAGAAAUUGGCCGAAGAUUAGGACGUGUUUGGCGGAAUCUGAUGUUUGUCCAAAGCUUAAUCAGAGAUAUUUCGCCGCCGAUCAGUUUUUCGCAGCGGACAUUUCGCCGCUCCAGUCAGGGUGCUGUAAACCUCCAACAGCUUGUGGAUAUAACUUUGUGAACCCAACACUGUGGCUGAACCCUGGUGAUCCAAUGGCUGACCCAGACUGCUAUAUUUGGAGCAAUGACCAAACCCAGUUGUGCUACAAUUGCAACUCUUGCAAGGCUGGGCUCUUGGGAAAUCUCAGAAGAGAAUGGAGGAAAGCUAAUGUGGUUCUCAUUGUCACUGUGGUGGUACUCAUUUGGGUUUAUGUAAUCGGCUGUAGCGCCUUCAAGAAUGCACAGACGGAGGACCUCUUUCGUCGUUACAAACAGGGAUGGAUCUGAUCUUGUUUGUAUCUCCAAACACGACCUCACUUUCGUCGGCUUUUCAACUCUGUUUAGGAUGCCUUACUUCACCUGUGUAUAUUCUUUGUGUUCUUUUCAUAUCUAGAAAUUAAUCACCAAGUUUGUAGAGUUUGCGUAGACAGCAGAACCAAGUUCUGGAAUCACUUCUCUAAAUGUUUAUUAAUUGUCUGUGCCUCAGAUAAGAAUAAAAUUUUAGUGAUUUUUACAUUA